UUGGUCACCCUGGUCUCAACUUAUUUUCCACGUCAAACACACCGGGGCGAAAAAAAGAUUAUUUUAAAUUUCCUUUCAUUAAAACUAAUUGAAGGCAACAUGGUGAGUUUGCUACAGGAGAUAGACACUGAGCAUGAGGACAUGGUACAUCAUGCAGCCCUGGACUUUUAUGGUCUAUUACUGGCAACAUGUUCGUCAGAUGGAAGCGUUCGAAUUUUUCAUUCGCGUAAAAAUAAUAAGUCCCUGGCUGAGCUUAAAGGCCAUCAGGGUCCAGUGUGGCAAGUAGCCUGGGCUCAUCCCAAAUUCGGUAACAUAUUGGCUUCCUGUUCUUAUGAUCGUAAAGUAAUUAUAUGGAAAUCAACAACACCCAGAGACUGGACCAAACUAUACGAAUACAACAAUCACGAUUCUUCUGUAAACUCAGUGGAUUUUGCACCUCCCGAAUAUGGCUUAAUUCUUGCUUGUGCAAGUUCGGAUGGUUCCAUUUCAGUGGUAACAUGCAACACUGAGUAUUGGGCUUGGGAUGCUAAGAAAAUACCAAAUGCACAUACCAUUGGAGUAAAUGCUAUUUCUUGGUGUCCGGCUCAGACACCAGAUCCGGCAUUUGAUCAACGAGUUACUUCACGCACUACGUUGGUAAAACGCUUGGUCAGCGGUGGAUGUGAUAACCUCAUCAAAAUUUGGCGAGAAGACAAUGAUCGAUGGACUGAAGAGCAUCGUCUUGAAGCUCAUUCUGACUGGGUCCGUGAUGUUGCAUGGGCACCAUCAAUAGGUUUGCCUCGCCUGCAAAUAGCCUCAGCAUCUCAAGACCGACACGUGAUCAUUUGGAGCAGUAAUACCGAUUUGUCACAGUGGACAUCAUGCAUUUUACAUACGUUCGAUGAUGCUGUCUGGAGUAUUUCCUGGUCCACAACUGGCAACGUUUUGGCAGUGACCGGCGGGGACAACAAUGUAUCACUAUGGAAAGAAAACAGCGAGGGACAAUGGAUACGCAUUAAUUAUGAAUCGGGUACAGCUAUUCAGUCGAAGCAAUCACACAAUUUACAUCCCCAACAACCACAACAACCGGCACAUCUGCAUGGGUCAUCAGAUUCCGACCAUAGUUCGAAUUUGUCGAAUUCUCAUUUAUCAAACUCGCAGCUGUCAAACUAAAAUCAUUUUACAAAAUAUGUUUAUGCCACAGUCCGUUUUUCAAUAUUUGGUCAAUAUAUCUAACAAAUUAAAAACAUAUGUUUAUAAAUUAAA